AUGGAGGACAGCAGCUGUGACCGGAGGUGGGAGUUCCUGCAGGACUAUGUGCUGAAGGCUCUGAAGCUGAAAGCUGAGCGCUGGCACAAAUGCACUGGCACUGAGGAGCACCGGCUUGUGAUCCAGGAGUUUAUGGAGAACAGCGAGCAGAUGGUGCUGGUGGUGUCUACGAACCCGGCUGGGCACCUGGUGCCUAGUCUGCAUUUUCCAAACCUCAGCAAAAACAAAGCUGUUUUCUUCGUCAAAAGACACAAAGACAAACUGACCGCAGAUUCCGUGAGGACCAAUCUGCUGUUCGGAGACCUGGCUCACUGUCCCCUGGACCAGUUUGCAGCCCUGAUAGAUGAGGUGGUCGUGCCAGUUUUAACCAACAGCAGGAAUCACAACAGCUGGCCACAGGUUGUGUCCCAAGAUGUCAUGCGGCAUGUGCACAGCCUGAAGAGUAAUGUCUUUGUUGUCGUGGGUCAAGUCAAAGGCAAGACCCUGCUGCCUUUGCCAGUAGGAGCAGAGAGGGCUGCAGAUUUGUUUGAGUUGGGAAAAAAUGGGGAAGUCCAAGACAAAGGGAUUGUGCAUGCUGUUGAAUCUGUUAUUAUUGCUUGGAGCCACCAGAUCAAUGAGGUGCUAAAAAAGGACUCUUCUGAACCCCUGCUGAAAGGCUGCAAUCCCAACCCAAAUGUGGAGCUGGAGUUCUGGAAAAACAGGUGCAGCAACCUGGAAUGUAUUUAUGAUCAACUGAAGUCUAAGAAGGUGCACUUGAUGGUGGAGUUACUGAAGAGGAUGGAGAGCAGCUACUUCCCAGUGUUCAAAACCAUGUUCAGUGACGUUGUUGCAGCUCUGACUGAGGCGAGGGAUAUUAAUCUGCACUUGAAGCCACUCCAGCGCUAUUUUGAGGAUAUUGAGAAUGUGGAGUUCAAUGAGGUGAAGCCCCUAAUUAGCUGCCUCAUGCACUUGGUGUGUCUAAUCUGGGCUAGAUCCAAAUAUUACAACACUCCAGCACGUAUCAUUGUCCUUCUACAGGAGAGCUGCAACCUCCUCAUUCAACAGUCUCGUACUUAUCUCAAUCCAGAAGACGUUUUGAAAGGCGAGGUUGAGGAAAGCUUGAGCAAAGUACAGGAGGCUGUUGAGAUCUUGUGCCUAUUCAAGCAAAUUUAUGAAGAAAAGCGAGGAAAUCUGCAAAUGUACUACAAGCAAGGUGAAAACAUGAAAGAGUGGGACUUUAAUUCUCUCCUGAUCUUCACCCGAUUGAAUUGCUUUCUUGACAGACUUCAGCAGAUUGAGGACUUUCUGGUGACAGCACAAGAUAUAUUUAAGCUGGAAAAACUUGAAUUUGGAGGGAUCCGUGGCAAGAUUCUGAGCCAGCAGGUGGCAAGAAUUUAUGAGGAAUUCCAGGAGAUGUAUAAAACCUUUACAGACCAUACUUAUGACUGUUUGGAUCCUGCUAACCAGGAAUUCGCAAAAGAUUUUUCGUUAUGGAAGCAGAAAAUUGAGGACAUAGACCGUCGGCUGGUAACUAUUCUCGGUCAGGCUUUCGAUGAUGCAUCUGCUUUGGAUCAUGCUUUCAAGUUACUGGAUAUGUUUGGCAGCCUCCUCGAGAGGCCUCUAAUAGCAGCGGACGCAUCUGACAAAUACCCUCGCCUCAUUGUCAUGUACACGAAAGAACUGGAUGAUGUUAAGCACAUUUAUAACAGGCAGAUGGAGAAAACGGCGGAGUUUGGAUUCCCGCCUGUGAACAAGAACAUGCCAGCUGUCGGGGGUGGGUUGCGCUGGGCACUGGAAUUAAGAGAACGGAUUCAGGUCCCAUUUAAUAGCUUCAAGAGUAUCUCACACCCGUGCAUGGACUCGUCUGAAGGCAAACAAAUGAUUCGGAAAUAUGAGGAGAUGAUAGAACUUUUGGAUAUGUAUGAAGAAAAUCUGUACUUAAAAUGGUCUGACACAGUUGCUGAAAAGUCUCAAUAUAAUCUCACUCAACCUCUCCUCAAACGAGAUCCAGAAACAAAACUGAUCUCAGUGAAUUUUGAUCCUCAGCUGGUUUCUGUCUUACGAGAAGUUAAAUACUUAGAGGCACGUCGCACUGUAAACGUUCCUGACACUGCUGCUGAGAUCUACGCCAUGAAAGAAUCAUACCGAAAAUAUGUAGCCACAUUGGAGCUGACAGCAAACUGGUACAACAAGGUCCGAGCAUCUGUCUUAGGGGUGGAAUUUCCCCUCAUAGAGAAACAGGUGAAACAAAUUGACUCCAAACUAAAGGAGGCAGAAGAGUCUCUGAACUGGAAGAACGAAGGGGUCUGGGAUUACAUCCAAGCAGUCCGAGAUAUGGUUCAUGACUUGGAGAGCCGAGUGCAAAAAGCAAAAGACAAUAUCUCUGCAAUACUGAAUAUUAUGAAGACAUGGGUAUCUCCCCUGUUCGAGAGGAAGGAAGGGAAAAAGGAUGCCCUUCUCAAUCUGGAUGACAAGAACGAAAGACUUGAAAAGCGCUACAGUGUAAUUCAACAAACUGGUGAAAAGAUCCACUCAUUGGUGAAGGAAAAUCUGCGUCUGUUUGAAGCAGAUGAAGCUUCGAGUGACUGGAAGGCAUACGUUGACUACAUUGAUGAAAUGGUCAUUGACGGCUUCUUCAAUGCAAUUGAAUCCUCUCUGAAUUACUUUGCAGAUAAUACUGAUCCUAAUGCAGGAUUUGCACCAUUGUUUGAAGCCCAGUUAGACUUGGUCUCCCCAGACCUGAUUUUCUGCCCAUCUCUUGAGAUAGGCACCAGCGACAGCUUCUACAACAUGGUCGAUGGACUGAUUAAUGAUGUUUUCAAGAUGUCAUCCUUGGUGCCCAGGUUGGCAGAGCACAAUGCCUUCCCUCACUAUCAGGCUGAUAUGGAAGACAUGGCUGACCUGGUAGACAUGCGUCAAAACCUGAUGGACAGCAUUCAACACGUGAUGGCAAAAUGCUGCAACUAUCAGAAUUCCUUUGACCAGUAUGCUUAUCUGUGGGUUGACGACCGAAAGGAGUUUAUGCGUCAAUUCCUUCUCUAUGGACACGUUCUCACUGCUGAAGAAAUUGAGGCUCAUGCAGAAGAUGGUGUACCAGGAAGUCCCCCGACGCUUGAGCAGUAUAAAGAACAAGUAGAUUCUUACGAAAAGAUCUAUGAUGAGGUGAAUCAUUUGGAGUCCAUCAACAUAUUUGACAGCUGGAUGCGAAUUGAUGCCAGACCAUUCAAGUCUGCUCUGUUGAAUAUCAUUAAGAAGUGGAGCCUUAUGUUCAAGCAGCACCUAAUUGAUCAUGUAACCAACAGCCUGACUGAUCUCCAAGCAUUUAUCCAGAUAGCGGAAGGAGGUUUACGCCAAAAGGUUGAAGAAGGUGAUUUGAAUGGCCUGAUUAAUGUGAUGGGCCACCUCAUGGCUGUGAAAGAGAGACAGGUUACAACUAAUGAGAUGUUUGAGCCCCUUAAACAGACCAUAGAACUCCUGAAGACCUAUGAACAGGAAUUACCUGAAGAAGUACACAAGUUGCUGGAGGAACUUCCAGAGAAGUGGAAUAACACUAAGAAGUUAGCAAUCACAACAAAACAGCAGGUGGCACCUCUUCAAGCCAGUGAAGUGACAGUCCUUCGCAAGAAAUGUGCGAGUUUUGACGUGGAACAGCACAAAUUCCGCGAGCGGUUUCGUAAGGAAGCACCGUUCAGGUUCAACAGUAUGCAGCCUUACCAGAUGUUGGAUGUUGUCCAUUGCCAGAUCAGCCAGAUGGAAGCAACCAUGCACAGCAUUAUUGAAUCUGCCAGUUUGUUUGAGGUUAACGUGCCAGACUACAGACAACUAAAACAGUGCAGAAAGGAAGUAUAUCUGCUGAAAGAACUCUGGGAUAUGAUUGUUCUCGUGGAUUCAAGUAUGAAUGACUGGAAGACUACAAAGUGGAGGGAAAUCAAUGUUGAAAACAUGGAAAUGGAGUGCAAAAGGUUUGCUAAAGAUAUUCGAGCCUUGGAUAAGGAGGUGAGGGCUUGGGAUGCUUUCACUGGGCUGGACAACACGGUGAAGAACAUUUUGACUUCAUUACGUGCUGUAGCUGAACUUCAGAACCCAGCUAUUCGGGACAGACAUUGGUAUCAACUAAUGCAGGCUACACAUGUGACAUUCACUAUGGACGAUAGCACAACUCUAGCUGAUCUCCUGAAACUGAACCUGCACAACUUUGAAGAUGAGGUCCGUGGAAUUGUAGACAAGGCGGUGAAGGAAAUGGGCAUGGAGAAAGUAUUGAAGGAACUGCACACGACCUGGAGCACCAUGGAAUUUCAAUAUGAAUGCCACUCAUGCACUUCUGUCCCAUUGCUCAAAUCUGAUGAAGAGCUUAUUGAGACCCUGGAGGACAACCAAGUCCAGCUGCAGAACCUGAUGACUUCCAAGUACAUAGCCUUCUUUCUGGAGGAGGUGUCUAGCUGGCAGAAGAAGUUGUCUGUAGCUGACUCAGUCAUUUCUAUUUGGUUUGAGGUGCAGCGCACGUGGUCACACCUUGAAAGCAUCUUCAUUGGAUCUGAAGACAUUCGAUCACAAUUGCCUGAGGAUUCCAAGCGCUUUCAUGGAAUUGAUGUAGAUUUUAAAGAGCUGGCUUGGGAUGCUCAGCAAACUCCAAACGUAGUAGAAGCUACUAACAAACCAGGAUUGUGUGAAAAGCUUGAAGACAUCCAGAUCAGACUGGCUGUCUGUGAAAAAGCACUGGCAGAAUAUCUCGACACUAAAAGACUGGCAUUCCCCAGGUUUUAUUUCAUUUCCUCUGCUGAUUUGUUGGAUAUUCUGUCCAAUGGCACAAACCCUCAUCUGGUUCAGCGUCACCUGUCCAAAUUAUUUGACAACAUGGCGAGUAUGAAAUUCCAAACUGAGGCAGACGAUAAGCCAACCAAAGUGGCCUUAGGGAUGUACAGCAAGGAAGACGAGUAUGUGAACUUUAAAGAGCCAUGCGACUGCAGUGGGCAGGUUGAGAUCUGGUUGAAUCGGGUGCUUGAUUCCAUGCGAGAGACAGUGAGGUAUGAAAUGACUGAAGGUGUGGUGGCCUAUGAGGAGAAACCAAGAGAUCAAUGGCUUUUUGAUUAUCCAGCUCAGGUAGCACUUAGUUGCACCCAAAUUUGGUGGACUACAGAAGUUGGCAUUUCCUUUGCCAGACUGGAGGAAGGGUACGAAAAUGCCAUGAAGGACUACUACAAAAAACAGGUGAACCAGCUGAACACGCUCAUUACUAUGCUAAUUGGCCAACUCUCAAAGGGCGACCGACAGAAGAUCAUGACCAUCUGCACCAUUGAUGUCCAUGCUCGUGAUGUCGUCGCUAAGAUUAUAGCUCAGAAGGUUGAAAACUCUCAGGCCUUUGUCUGGCUUUCCCAGCUUCGCCAUCGCUGGGACGAUGAAACAAAACAUUGCUUUGCCAACAUUUGCGAUGCCCAGUUUUUGUAUUCCUAUGAAUAUUUGGGUAACACGCCUCGAUUGGUAAUUACACCACUGACAGACAGAUGUUACAUCACCUUGACCCAGUCGCUGCACCUGACAAUGAGUGGAGCUCCAGCUGGGCCCGCAGGAACAGGGAAGACUGAAACUACGAAGGACUUGGGCCGAGCACUGGGAAUCAUGGUCUAUGUAUUCAACUGCUCUGAACAGAUGGAUUACAAGUCCUGCGGUAAUAUUUACAAAGGCCUGGCGCAGACUGGUGCCUGGGGCUGCUUUGAUGAGUUCAACAGGAUCUGCGUUGAGGUGCUGUCUGUGGUAGCUGUGCAGGUGAAAUCUAUCCAGGAUGCCAUCCGAGACAAAAAAAGACGCUUCAACUUCAUGGGUGAAGAGAUCAAUCUAACUCUAUCGGUUGGCAUCUUUAUCACAAUGAAUCCUGGUUAUGCAGGACGUACCGAACUUCCUGAGAACCUGAAGGCCCUGUUCAGACCGUGUGCAAUGGUGGUGCCAGACUUUGAGCUGAUCUGUGAAAUCAUGCUGGUCGCAGAAGGGUUCAUUGAAGCAAGGUUGUUAGCCCGGAAGUUCAUCACUUUAUAUCAGCUUUGUAAAGAACUGCUUUCAAAACAGGAUCACUAUGACUGGGGACUUCGAGCAAUCAAGUCAGUGCUGGUUGUAGCUGGCUCUUUGAAGAGAGGUGACCCAGGCCGUCCUGAAGACCAAGUCCUGAUGCGGGCUCUUCGAGACUUCAACAUUCCAAAGAUAGUCACUGAUGACAUGCCAAUUUUCAUGGGCCUGAUCAGUGAUCUGUUCCCAGCAUUGGAUGUGCCCAGGAAGAGAGACCUUCCCUUUGAAAGUCGUGUGAAGCAGUCUAUCCUAGACCUCAAAUUGCAGGCUGAGGACAACUUUAUCUUGAAAGUUGUCCAGUUAGAAGAGAUGCUUGAAGUGAGACACUCUGUCUUUGUUGUGGGUAACGCUGGAACUGGCAAGACACAGGUCCUGAAAUCCUUAUACAAGACUUACCAGAACAUGAAACGCCGACCAGUCUGGACUGAUCUUAAUCCUAAGGCUGUCACUAAUGAUGAGCUCUUUGGAAUCAUCAACCCAGCAACCAGAGAGUGGAAGGAUGGGCUCAUCUCAUGUAUCAUGCGUGAUCUGGCAAACAUAACUCAUGAUGGUCCCAAAUGGAUUGUGCUCGAUGGCGACAUUGAUCCUAUGUGGAUUGAAUCUCUCAACACCGUCAUGGAUGAUAAUAAGGUUUUGACAUUGGCCAGUAAUGAACGGAUCCCUCUCAAUCCAACCAUGAGACUUCUGUUUGAAAUUAGUCACUUACGCACUGCAACCCCCGCCACUGUUUCGAGAGCAGGGAUCUUGUACAUUAAUCCUGCAGACCUCGGCUGGAACCCCCCAGUGAGCAGCUGGAUUGACAAACGAGAGAUCCAGUCUGAGAAAGCGAACCUGACUAUCUUAUUUGAGAAAUACCUGCCUUUGUGUCUGGAUACUCUUCGGACAAGGUUUAAGAAGAUCAUCCCAGUCCCAGAGCAGAGUAUGGUCCAGAUGCUUUGCUACUUAUUAGAGUGCUUGUUGACAAAGGAAAAUACACCCCCAGACAGCCACAAGGAUCUGUACGAACUCUAUUUCAUUUUUGCUGCCAUUUGGGCGUUCGGUGGUGCAAUGUUUCAGGACCAGCUUAUUGACUACAGAGUAGAGUUCAGUAAGUGGUGGACAUCAGAGUUCAAGACCAUCAAAUUCCCAUCGCAAGGUACCAUUUUUGACUACUACAUUGAUUCCGAGACAAAGAAGUUCGAGCCCUGGUCCAAGCUGAUUCCAAAAUUUGAUCUUGAUCCUGAUAUUCCUUUGCAGGCAUGUUUGGUGCACACCGUAGAGACCAUUCGUAUCCGUUAUUUCAUGGAGAAGCUGUUGGAUAGACGCCGGCCCGUCAUGCUUGUGGGGAAUGCUGGGACAGGGAAAUCCGUGCUGGUGGGUGAGAAACUCGGAUCGCUGGAUCCUGACGAGCACAUGGUGAAGAAUGUACCGUUUAAUUAUUACACUACCUCUGCCAUGCUACAAGCCAUACUGGAAAAGCCCCUUGAGAAGAAAGCUGGCAGAAACUACGGGCCACCGGGCAACAAAAGACUGAUAUACUUUAUUGAUGACAUGAACAUGCCUGAAGUCGACACUUAUGGCACUGUUCAGCCACAUACACUUAUCAGGCAACAUUUGGAUUACAAUCACUGGUAUGAUCGAAACAAACUUUCCCUGAAAGAGAUCCACAAUGUACAAUAUGUGUCCUGUAUGAAUCCCACAGCAGGCAGCUUCACCAUCAACCCUCGCCUGCAGCGCCAUUUCUGUGUGUUUGCUCUGUCGUUUCCUGGCAUGGAUGCUUUAGCAACAAUCUACAGUACCAUUCUCUCCCAGCAUCUCAAGCUCGGUAACUUUGCUGGGCCACUGCAGAAAUCUACGCAGCAGCUCAUCAACCUGGCCCUAGCACUGCAUCAGAAAGUGGCUUCUACCUUUCUGCCAACGGCAAUUAAAUUCCAUUACAUCUUCAACCUGCGGGAUCUGUCCAAUACCUUUCAAGGCAUUCUCUUCAGUACAACUGACUGUUUGAAAACUCCUCAAGACCUGGUCAAGCUAUAUCAGCAUGAAUCUAAUCGUGUCUACAGGGAUAAGAUGGUGGAAGAGAAAGACUUCAGCAUCUUUGAUAAAAUCCAGACUGAAUUAGUGAACAAAUUCUUUGAUGAUAUGCAGGAGACAUUGGAACAGACUAAGAUUAUGAACAUGUACUGCCACUUUGCCUGUGGUGUUGGAGAACCCAAGUACAUGCCUGUCCAGGACUGGGAGUCUCUAAACAAAAUCCUGAUGGAAGCUCUGGAAAAUUACAAUGAACUGAAUGCUGCCAUGAGCUUGGUGCUUUUUGAGGAUGCCAUGAGCCAUGUUUGCCGGAUUAACCGGAUCUUGGAGUCUCCCAGAGGAAAUGCCUUGCUUGUUGGCGUUGGUGGGAGUGGGAAACAGAGUCUUACAAGGCUUGCGGCUUAUAUCAGUUCAUUAGAGGUCUUCCAGAUCACUUUAAAAAAAGGCUACAGCAUUCCUGACCUGAAGACUGACCUUGGUAACCUGUACUUAAAUGCUGGCGUCAAGAAUUUGGGCACUGUAUUCCUCAUGACAGAUGCUCAAGUGGCUGAUGAAAAGUUUUUAGUUCUCGUGAAUGACCUCCUUGCAUCAGGUGAAAUUCCUGACCUGUUACCUGAUGAAGAGGUAGAAAAUAUUAUUAACAAUGUACGGAACGAAGUCAAAGGACUGGGAUUGAUAGACACUAGGGAAAAUUGCUGGAAAUUCUUCAUAGAUCGUGUCAGGAGGCAACUAAAGGUACUAGUGAGCCUGACAGUUUCCAAGAUAACUGAGGUCCAGAGUACUAAGCUAGCUAAACUAACAGCGAAAUUUGAACAGGCAACAGCAGAUAAACUGAAAUGCCAGCAAGAUGCUGAAUCAACUGAACGUACCAUUGCCCUUGCCAAUCGACUGGUUGGUGGCCUCGCCUCAGAAAAUGUACGUUGGGCUGAAGCUGUGCACAACUUCAAACAACAGGAGAGCAUGCUGUGUGGAGAUGUGCUCCUAAUCACUGCCUUUGUUUCAUAUCUGGGCUAUUUCACAAAGACGUACAGGCAGGAUCUAAUGGAUGGGAUGUGGAAGCCUUAUCUUGGACAACUCAAAGUUCCAAUCCCAAUAACGUCUGACUUGGACCCUAUGACCAUGCUGACAGAUGAUGCUGAUGUUGCGACCUGGCAGAAUGAAGGUCUCCCUGCUGACAGAAUGUCCACGGAGAAUGCAACCAUCUUAACCAACUGUGAACGCUGGCCACUUGUGAUUGACCCCCAACUGCAGGGUAUCAACUGGAUCAAGAACAAGUAUGGAGAGGAUCUCCGAGUAGUCAGGAUUGGCCAGAGGGGGUACUUAGACAUUGUGGAGAAUGCUCUUGGGGCAGGUGAAGCAGUGCUAAUUGAAAGUUUGGAAGAAUCAGUCGAUCCUGUGCUGGCUCCUUUAUUGGGUCGAGAAACCAUUAAAAAGGGCAGAUAUAUUAAAAUUGGAGACAAGGAGUGCGAGUACAAUUCCAGCUUCCGACUCAUUCUUCACACUAAGUUGGCAAACCCUCAUUACCAGCCUGAGAUGCAAGCCCAGUGUACACUCAUUAACUUUACUGUUACAAGAGAUGGCUUAGAAGAUCAACUUCUGGCUGCUGUUGUCAGUAUGGAGAGACCAGACUUGGAAGAAUUGAAGUCCAACCUCACAAAGCAGCAGAAUGGCUUCAAAAUCACCUUGAAAACCUUGGAGGACAACCUGCUUUCCCGCCUCUCCUCUGCUUCUGGAAACUUCCUCGGAGACACAGCCUUGGUAGAAAAUCUGGAGACCACUAAGAGGACAGCAGCUGAGAUUGAAGAGAAGGUUAAAGAGGCCAAAGUGACGGAGCUAAAGAUCAACGAGGCACGCGAACACUACCGACUUGCCGCAGGACGAGCCUCUCUAUUGUACUUCAUAAUGAAUGAUCUCAAUAAAAUCCACCCCAUGUACCAGUUCUCUUUGAAGGCCUUUAGUGUCGUGUUCCAAAUGGCUGUGAAAAGGGCACCAGCUGACGAAGUCCUCACGCAGAGAGUUGCCAAUUUGAUUGACAGCAUCACAUUUUCUGUGUUCCAGUACACAACGAGAGGACUGUUUGAGUGUGAUAAACUGACCUAUACAGCUCAGGUUACCUUCCAGAUUCUUCUGAUUAACAAAGAAAUUAACCCAAAGGAGCUAGAUUUCCUGCUUCGAUAUCCAGCUCAGCCAGGACUCUCAAGUCCCGUGGAUUUCCUUUCCAACAAGUCAUGGGGUGGCAUUAAGGCACUGUCAACUAUGGAUGAGUUUCGAAACCUUGACCGUGAUAUUGAAGGUUCUGCCAAGCGUUGGAAGAAGUUUGUUGAGUCUGAAUGUCCAGAAAAAGAAAAGUUUCCACAAGAAUGGAAGAACAAAACAACAUUACAGCAACUGUGCAUGAUGAGGGCCUUGCGCCCUGAUCGAAUGACCUACGCAGUCCGAGAUUUUGUUGAAGAAAAGUUGGGCACCAAGUAUAUUGUGGGGAGGUCACUGGAUUUUUCAACAUCCUUUGAAGAGUCUGGGCCUGCCAUACCAAUGUUUUUUAUCCUUUCUCCUGGUGUCGAUCCACUCAAGGAUGUAGAAAGACAUGGUAAAAAGCUGGGAUGGACAUUUGAUAAUAAAAACUUCCACAAUGUCUCACUUGGUCAAGGCCAGGAGGUGAUAGCUGAACGAGCUCUUGAUCUGGCAGCCAAAGAAGGUCACUGGGUUAUAUUACAGAAUAUCCACCUGGUGGCGAAGUGGCUGAGUAUUCUGGAGAAGAAAAUGGAGCAGCAUAGCGAGGGCAGCCACGAGAACUUCCGUGUCUUCAUCAGUGCAGAACCAGCUCCCUCACCUGAGGGCCACAUCAUCCCUCAGGGGAUCCUGGAAAACUCCAUCAAGAUCACCAAUGAACCACCAACAGGGAUGCAUGCCAACUUGCACAAGUCUCUGGAUAAUUUCAAUCAGGACACAUUGGAGAUGUGUGCUCGUGAGAAUGAGUUCAAGAGCAUUCUCUUUGCUCUUUGCUAUUUUCAUGCAGUUGUGGCAGAGAGACGCAAAUUUGGGCCUCAGGGUUGGAAUCGGUCUUACCCAUUCAACACAGGUGACCUCACCAUUUCGGUCAAUGUGCUGUACAACUACCUGGAGGCAAAUGUAAAGGUCCCAUAUGAUGACUUGCGCUAUCUGUUUGGUGAGAUUAUGUAUGGAGGGCAUAUCACCGAUGAUUGGGACAGGCGGCUAUGCAGAACCUACCUGGAAGAAUUUAUUAAACCAGAGAUGAUGGAAGGGGAAGUGUUAUUGGCAGCAGGAUUCCCUCUCCCUCCCAACUUGGACUACAAUGGCUAUCAUCAGUACAUUGAUGAUCUGCUUCCACCUGAGUCUCCCUACCUGUAUGGUCUCCACCCAAAUGCAGAGAUUGGGUUCCUGACACUAACUUCAGAGAAGCUUUUCCGUACUGUACUGGAAAUGCAGCCCAGGGACAGCAGUGGAAGAGAAGGAGGAGGGACCACACGAGAAGAAAAGGUAAAGGCCACUUUGGACGAGGUGAUAGAAAAGUUGCCGGAGGAGUUUAACAUUGCAGAGUUGAUGAGCAAGGCAGAGGAGCGGACACCCUAUGUUGUGGUGGCUUUUCAGGAGUGUGAGCGAAUGAACACUCUUACCUCGGAGAUUAAGCGUUCACUUAAGGAGCUGGACUUGGGGUUAAAGGGAGAACUGACCAUGACAAGUGACAUGGAGAGCCUUCAAAAUGCCAUCUUCUUUGAUCAAAUACCAGAUUCCUGGAGUAAACGAGCCUACCCAUCAAUGGCUGGACUAGCCAAUUGGUUUGUUGACCUCCUGAACCGCAUUAAGGAAUUGGAAACUUGGACAUCUGACUUUGCCCUCCCUUCUGCGGUGUGGCUGGCUGGCUUUUUCAACCCCCAGUCUUUCCUCACAGCCAUCAUGCAAUCCAUGGCUCGGAGGAAUGAAUGGCCUUUGGACAAAAUGUGUCUUCACUGCGACGUUACAAAGAAAAGUCGUGAGGACUGUAGUGGUCCACCUCGUGAAGGUAGCUACAUACAUGGACUGUUCAUGGAGGGCGCACGUUGGGAUUCUCAGAGUGGAAUUAUUGCUGAUGCGCGUUUGAAGGAACUGACGCCAACAAUGCCAGUAAUUUUCAUCAAAGCUAUUCCCGUGGACAAGCAGGAUACUCGCAACUUGUACCCUUGCCCAGUCUACAAAACACGCCUCCGAGGCCCAACAUACGUCUGGACAUUCAACCUGAAAACCAAGGAAAAACCAUCCAAGUGGGUGCUGGCUGGAGUUUCACUGCUUCUGCAGAUUUAGGCAGGAGGGUUUGUUCAUUCUUCCCAACACUGGCAGAAAAGACUACUCAGUAAUGCACACUUGAAUUUAGACCUCUCAAUUUAGUAUAAAGAUUAAUAGAUUUUUGUCAGCAAUAUUAAAAGAAAUGAUUUAACAGGGUUUAACAGUUCUGUGAAUACUUGGAGCAAACUUUGCACUUCAUUUGUGAUUUCUCAAUUUGAGUCACAUACGAAUAUAAUUUGUUACUCUCAUGUAUGUGUAACUUAAAUGCCUUUUUUCUAAAUAAAGUGCAUUUUCAAA